GGGUGCUUGGCCCGCCAGUGGAGCCCUUGGCUGUGACCUAGCGCCCAUUCCGUGUUCCUUCCCGGCCCCCUGUCCUUUCCUCCUCACUUCGCGUUCUGCCCCUCCUCCUCUUCCCACCUUCUUCUAUGGUUGUGUUGGGUUCAUUGCCUCGGAUGUUUGGGCCCUGCGGCAGGGGUUAUAGCACAAUGAACAACCACGGCCCGAUACGUUUGGUGGGCAAGUUCGUAUCCGUCGCCGCUUGGUUGUCUCUUGCUUUCCUUCCGUCGCCUCAUUCCCCCCCUCUGCCCCGAGUCGGCGGCCCGAGUUUCGGCCACGUUCGCUGGACAGCGUCUCGCCGCUGCCGGCCUGCCCGGUCAACUUCGCAACUCAGCUCGCUGGGCAGCGGCCCUCCCUGGAGCGGCGGGCCGCCGUGGCCGGAGCGCCCUCCCGGCGCCCCGCGCACGGCUCCAGGCCUCGCCGCGGCCACGUCGCUGCUCCCCGAGGAGCUCCUGCGCGGCGCCCCGCGCACGGAGCCGCUCGCGAAGCCGCCGCCGCGCCCGGAGUCCGCGGGGAAGCCCGUCAGCCCUGUCGCGCUGGAGCCCCGAUCCUCCGCGAAGCCCAUCAGCCCUGCUGCGCGGGAGCCCCGAUCGGUCGGUUCGCCGGAGGCGGCGCUUGCCGACGACCUGCGGCAGCUGGAGGAGUGGGCCGCCAAGCUGAGGGAGUCCGCGCGCAGCUGAUAUGCGCCCGGGGCCCGCGCGCGGCUGAUGUGCGGGCGACGUCGUGGUUGGUCGGUUCGAAGGAGGGCGAUGGGACGGGCAAGUAGUUCCGCUGACCGCGUAGCUUUGUGCCGAGAAGCGGUUACGAUGCGAUGGAUUUCCCAGGCCGCCGCAGCGGG